AUGAAGAUGCAAUCUGGCCCUGCAGAUACUGCUUCUGCUCUUCAAGUUGAUAUAGUUACUUCAGACUCUUUCUCUACCAACUAUGGGUGGCUUGUUGAGCAUGUUCAUGCUUUUAUGAGAAUUGCAGACAAGAUAUCAGAGUUUCAUCCAUAUAUCAAGGCUGCAUGGGGCAUACUGUCUGCCAUUCCCAAGACUAUUUUGGACCAGAUUGAAUGUGAUGAAGAAGAUUGUCACAUCUUUAGCCCAGCAAACUAUAGAAUGUGCCUACUUCAUGCUAGUGAUCCCAACUUUUGGAAGAGAACUGGAAAGAAUUUGAUCUUAGAUGCAGACCAGAAAAUUGCAAACUUUCAGGAUCAAUUUGAGAAGUUGAAACUGGCUUUUACUCAGCAUGCUGUUUGUGAGACCCAACUUAGAGUUCUGCAAAUUUUCAGCACUGUGGAAAAACUGGGUGCAACUGCAGAUCUUAGGGACAUGCACUAUGGUAAGAAUGUUUGGUUUGAUUCAGACAAGCAGUGUCUUCCUGGGACUCGUGUAGCUGUGAUUGAUGAACUGACAGACUGGAUAAAUAGCCCAGAUGGUGAGGGUACACCACAAAUACUCUUCUUUAGUGCUGCUGCAGGGUUUGGCAAAUCAGCCAUUGCUCAUACUAUUGCUAAGCAUUUUCACACCCUGGGUUGUCUGGGAUCUUCAUACUGUUUUGAUCAAGCUGAUCAGGCUAAUCGAAGCAUUCAAUAUCUAUUCAGUACUAUUUCUCAGAAUCUUUCUGAUUUAGAUGCUGCCUGGAAAUCUGCUCUGUGCUCUGUUGUUACUGGAGAUCCUGCUUUGUGUUCUACUCUGCAGGUUAAAGAGCAGUUUGAAAACUUCAUUGUAAAGCCUGCUGAAGCUUUGACUACUGUGGGGCCCAUUGUUAUUGUGAUUGAUGCUCUGGAUGAGAGUGGCAGUCAGAUUCAAAGAAAACCACUGUUAGAUAUACUCAUUGGAAGAGCUUCAGAGUUACCUAAAAACUUUCGGAUUCUGAUAACAACACGUCUUGAACCUGAUAUUUCUAAGGCUCUUCAGCUGGUACACCAACAUCCAUGUGUCAAGCACAAACAUGUGGAUGCUGCAGAAAUGGAGAAUAAGUCUAAUGAGGAUGAUCUUUUUCUUUACAUUGAAUAUAAGCUAUCAGACAUAAAAUCUGAGCUUGGAGCCAGAUGGUAUGAAUGUUGCAGCCAGCUUGUCAAAAGUUCAGAAGGCCUUUUUCAGUGGGCAGCUGUUGCAUGUCAAUAUAUAAUGGAUUCAUAUGGAGGCGAGCUUCUAUAUGAGCGUCUUGAAUCUUUUCUUGGGACAGGAAGUGGCUUAGAUGAACUGUAUAACAAAGUUCUCAAUCAGGCUUUUCGAAGAAAUAAUUCCAAAGUCAUGAACAGAUACAGAUCAGUUAUGGGAAGAAUUCUAACAGCAAAGCAACCACUACCUUUAGCAACUCUGUCAAAAAUGCAUAUCAACAACCCAGCAUGGAUGAAUGAUAUUAAAGUAAUAAUUGAGCCAUUAGGUUGCUUACUUUCUGGUAUCAAUGGAGAUAAUGAAAUUGCUAUCAAGCCAUUGCACAGCUCUUUUCAUGACUACCUGACAUACUCAUCUCGAAGUGGGGAAUUCUUUAUCGACAUUGACCAUGCUGAGAAAGAAUUUGCUGCCACAGUUCUAUAUAUACUCAAGACAGAGCUUUGCUUUAAUAUAUGUCAACUGCCCACAUCAUUUAAAGCAAAUGAUGAUCCUGAAGUCAAUAUAUUGGAACAACCCAAAGAAAGGAUCUCAUCUGAGCUACUUUAUGCAUGCUGUUUUUUUUCAGCCCAUGUUUUGUGUGUCCCAUGCAGUGGUCAGGUUCUGGAAGAUCUUCAUUACUUUUUGGAUUAUAAAUUUCUCUAUUGGUUAGAAGUGUUGAGCAUUACAAACAAAGUCAGUAUUGCACAAGGAAUUCUGUCCUCAGUAUUAGGCUGGGAAAAGAUGGAUAAAAAUGUGAAAAUGUUUAUUGAAGAUGCUAUGAAAUUUGUGACAACUUUUUUCCAACCUAUAUCUCAAAGUGCACCUCACAUAUAUCUGUCAGCCUUGCCAAUGUCACCAAGUGACUCUCUGAUUGUGAAAAAGUAUUCUCACCACUUUACUAGAGUAGUCUCUUUUGAAAAGGGAAAGCAAAUAUCAUGGCCAUCUAUAAAUAGUAUCUUGCAAGGCCACACAAGUUGGGUCACCUCUGUUGCAUUCUCACCUGAUGGAAAGUACAUUGUUUCAGGAUCAUCAGACAAAACUAUCAGAAUGUGGGAUGCACAGACAGGAAAGCCUGUCUCAGAUUCAUUUGAAGGCCAUACACAUUUUGUCAAUUCUGUUGCAUUCUCACCUGAUGGAAAGUACAUUGUUUCAGGAUCAUGGGACAAAACUAUGAGAAUGUGGGAUGCACAGACACAAAACCCUGUCUCAGGUCCAUCUGAAGACAACACAAACUCUGUCACUUCUGUUGCAUUCUCACCUGAUGGAAAGUACAUUGUUUCAGGAUCAUGGGAUGAAACUAUUAGAAUGUGGGAUGCACAGACACAAAAGCUUGUCACACAUCCAUUUGAAGGCCACACAGAACAUGUCACCUCUGUUGCAUUCUCACCUGAUGGAAAGUACAUUGUUUCAGGAUCAUGGGACAAAACUAUGAGAAUGUGGGAUGCACAGACACAAAACCCUGUCUCAGGUCCAUCUGAAGACAACACAAACUCUGUCACUUCUGUUGCAUUCUCACCUGAUGGAAAGUACAUUGUUUCAGGAUCAAGGGACAAAACUAUUAGAAUGUGGGAUGCACAGACACAAAAGCUUGUCACACAUCCAUUUGAAGGCCACACAGAAACUGUCACCUCUGUUGCAUUCUCACUUGAUGGAAAACAGGAAAGCCUAUCACACAUCCAUUUGAAGGACACACAGAAUGUCAACUCUGUUGCAUUCUCACCUGAUGGAAAGUACAUUGUUUCAGGAUCAAGUGACAAAACUAUCAGAAUGUGGGAUGCACAGACAGAAAAGCUUGUUUCAGAUCCAUUUGAAUGUCACACAGAUAUUGUCACCUCUCUUGCAUUUUCACCAGAUGGAAAGGGCAUUGUUUCAGAGUCAUAUGAUGAUACUAAAAUCAGGAAUCAUGACUCUGAUAUAAAUACAUUUUCUAUUCUCAAUCAAUCUUAUCUUACAUCAACUGGCUGGCUCUGCACACAUACAGGAGAUUUGUUGCUCUGGAUACCACCUUGGUACCAAUCAGGUCUUCAAUGGCAACCUAGAAACCCACUUGUCAUUGGAACACAUAUCACAAAACUUUCUUGUGAUGAAUUUACAUUUAGCAAAGACUGGCAUUUGUGCAAAAUUGGAGCCUGA